AUGACAGCAGUGUAUUGUACUUUAGCCGCACAGAUGGUAAUGAGCAACAAACGGACGUUUAAAAGGACGGAAGGCAGAGAAGCAGUGAAAGCAGUGAAACAUCUAGAAAUGUGGACAUUAAGCUUUCUCUUUGCUGCGGGAGCAUGUCUCUUUCUCAGUUGGCCUUCCGUUGGUGGAACUCCUGGCAAUUCCGAUACGUUUUUAAGGGUUGACCGCCUCUGUCAACCGGUACCUCUGUACCUUCGUCUAAACUGUAUCAGGCGGCGGUACCGCAUGUUCGACGGGACAUGCAACAAUCUGUGCAACAUAACCGAGGGCUCUGCCGAGACUGGGUUCGACCGCUUCCUCCCACCAGCCUUUCAAAACGGAGAUGGGCCUAGACUCGCGUCUUCAUCUGGUGCUCCACUGAAGAACGCGCGAACGAUCAGUAGAAACGUGUUCAAGAGUACGUCUGAAGAUGCAGGUGGGAAACCACCACCUUUCACACACGUCACCAUGACGUGGGGCCAAUUCAUUGAUCAUGACAUCACGUUAACUGAGUCCAACGAGACUGCGGGAUGUGGGACCAACAACGAACAAUGUCCCACCAAUGUUCCGGGAUGUAUAAGCAUACCGAUCUCACAGAACAACCCGGAUGAUCGACUGGUGAACAAUCUAACUGCUCAAUGCAUCCCCCUAUCACGAUCAGCAUUGAAAGAUCGCGAACAGAUUAACUUAGUUUCAUCCUACAUUGAUGGUUCAAUGGUGUAUGGAGCAAACUGCGAAGAGGCAGAGAGCCUCCGAGACAGAAAAGCAAAUAUUGGAGCUCUACGUGUUCUCCCGCUGCCCGUAAGACGGUCUGACAGGAUGCCAAUUCUACCUGUGGCUAGUCCAGAAUCUUUUUGUAGAUCGCCGAGACCUGCAGUGAGGCCUUGUUUCCUUGCUGGUGAUUUUAGGAGAGUCAAUGAAAAUCCUGCGCUUAUGGUAAUGCACACUCUUCUUGUGCGUGAACACAAUCGCAUCGCACGGUUCCUUCAUUAUCUGAAUCCAACAUGGCACGAUGAAAAGCUUUUUCAGGAGGCACGAAAAAUAGUGAUUGCUCAAAUACAGCACAUUACGUACAACGAAUGGCUUCCUGUUUUGUUUCCUUCUAAAACAUUGAGAAGUAACGAGGGACUUUUACCGGAGCCAUCAGGCCAGUUCUUUAGCGGUUACGACCCAACUGUGAGGGCGACAACCUUCAACGCAUUUGCAGCAGCAGCCCUCAGGAUGGGCCACUCCCUGAUUCGACAGACAUUUGGACAGUUCAGUAAAGCAUUUGUGCGACUGGGGGAAAUAAGCACCACGACAUUUUUUAAUCCUGAUCCUCUCUAUAUUUUGAGGAACAACGGUGUCGACGGAAUUUCUCUGGGGCUAACACAAGAACCAUCGCAGCAGUUUGAUAAGAACUUCGUAGAAGCUGUACGCGAAAGUCUCGUUAUAGAGGGACCAGCCGUUGAAGGUGUUGUAGGAGACCUCAUGGCAAUCAACAUCCAACGUGGUCGUGACCACGCCCUACCCCCCUACAUACAAUUCAGAAGCGCUUGUGGCUUGGAUAAAAACUUAACCGGUGGACUCGUCACAGAUUUUUCACAACUAACCAACAUUGACCCGGUGCAACUGGGUAAAAUCAAACAGUCUUAUGACUCUCCCGCUGACAUAGACUUGUUUGUGGGAGGAGUCAGUGAGAAGCCACAGAAGGGGUCUAUAUUUGGGGAAACAUUCACUUGUCUGAUUGCUCAAAGUUUCAAAAGAUAACGGUUUGGAGAUCGUUUUUGGUACGAAAGACGUGAUUCUUACACAGGAUUCACACGAAGGCAGCUGGAUUCUAUCCGAGUGGGUAGUUCUCUUGCAAGAAUCAUUUGUCAUAACUCAGAUAAUGUGAAGGAACUCCAAAGGCGCGUUUUUGAAACCAGUACAGUAACGGUUCCCUGUGAUGACAUUCCAUCCAUAAACUUGAACUUGUGGAGAGAGGAUGCAGGAAUGGAGGAUGAAACUCCAUCAGCAGAAUGUGAAGCUUGCUCUGAGUCCAAAAAGAAGGGCCUGGUGAUGGAGCCAAGUGAUGCAUUAACUACGGAUGCGAACACACUUACAGAAGAAAAUGUGCGUCAAUUCAUUAGCAAAUAUUGCUCGCGUAUUGAUCUCUGGAGAAGGUAUCAAUCUUCAUUCUUUCUCAAAGAAGUGAAGGACAUCGGAAUACAAAACUCUAAAGGAAACAUGCAGUUUGUGAGUCAUAUCCUGGGAGUUUUACUCAUCGUCGGAGCAUGUGAAGUGCGUCACUCGUCCUCUUCUGCUAUUGCUUACCAAAAACUGUUGGGUGCUCUUGGCAAAGAAUAUUGUGAUCCUCUGAAGAUGCAACUACAUUGCUUAACCUUACGGUACCGAACGUUUAACGGCGCAUGUAAUAACCUGUGUAAACUAGCGCAAGGAUCCGCCGGGUCGCAAUUUGUCCGCUUUGUACCAGCUGCGUUCCAAAAUGGUCAAGAACCUAGAUUGGCUUCCGUUGUUAGCCCUUUCCAGCUGAGGAACGCCAGAACCAUCAGCAAUACAGUAUUUGUGGCUACCUCUGAGAAUGUGGGCGCGGCACCCAACUUCACUCACAUGACCAUGGCGUGGGGUUCAUUCAUAGACCAUGAUUUCACGCUAACCGAAUCCAAUCAGACGCAAGGGUGUGGAACUAACAAUGCCCCUUGCCCUAACAACAUUCCCGGAUGUGUUAGCAUUCCAAUAUCGCAGUCAAAACCAGAUGAUCGGCUUAGGUUCAAUCUAACAGCACAAUGCAUUCCUCUCUCGCGAUCGGCACAAAAUGAUGGCGAGCAGGUGAACCUUGUUUCGUCUUAUAUGGACGCUUCAAACAUUUAUGGAGUCAGCAUUAAGGAAGCGGAGACUGUCCGCGACCGGAAGUCAAACAUUGGCUUGUUGCGCGUUGUUCCGCUCCCAGUGCCUCGCUCGGAUAGGAUGCCGGUGUCUCCUCCAGCAGAUCCGAGCCUCUUCUGCCGAUCUCCAAGGCCAACGCUAAAACCAUGUUUCCAUUUUGCUGAUUUUAGAGACAACGAAAAUCCAACACUGAUGACACUUCACAUUCUUCUUACACGAGAACACAAUCGAAUCGCAAAAUUUCUCCACAAUCUGAACCCAACUUGGGACGAUGAAAAGCUGUUCCAGGAAGCACGAAGAAUCGUGAUUGCUCACAUGCAGCACAUUACAUACAACGAAUGGCUCCCGACACUGUUCUUCAGCGAAGAAUUGAGACGAGCGAAUGGUAUUCAAUUGGAACGACCGGGUCAGUUUUUUACGGGUUACGAUCCAAAAGUAGACGCGACCACGUUCAACUCUUUGGCAUCAGCGGCGUUUAGGAUGGGCCACUCACUAGUUCGGGAAAAUUUCGGACAAUUCAGCAAAAACUUCAUUCGACUGGGAGAAAUCAGCGUGACAAGAUUUUUCGACCCGUCCGCUCUUUACAAGCUUGAGAAUAAUGGUUUCGAUGGUAUCAAUUUAGGGUUGAUUCGUGAACAAGCCCAACAAUUCGACAGGAACUUCGCUGAAGCUAUACACGAAAGCCUAGUGAUGCCAGGACCUACUCCAGAUGGCAUUGUAGCAGAUCUAUUGGCAAUAAACAUAAUGCGUGGCAGGGACCACGGAUUAGCUCCGUACGUCGAUUUUCGAGCAGCGUGUGGUUUGGACGCGAAUUUACCAGGCGGUGUUGCUACAAGGUUCGAAGACCUUCUGUCAAACAUCAACCUGGAUCAGAUCAAAAGGCUAAAAUUGGCAUAUAUUCUCAGUAAAGACAUCAACAUUUUUGAUCAGUUCGUCCGCGACAUCGAUUUGUAUGCAGGCGGCAUAAGUGAAAACCCUCAAACUGGAUCUAUUCUGGGGCAGACUUUCACUUGCAUAAUAACCAAGGCCUUCCAAACAUUUCGGUUUGGAGACAGCCACUGGUACGAGAGAAAACACAAGUCGGGGUUCACCCUGGAACAACUAGAUUCGAUAAGAAAAGGGAGCUCCCUCGCAAAGAUAAUCUGCGACAAUUCGGAUAAUGUGAAGGAAAUUCAGCGUUGGGUUUUUCAAAAUAGUACAGAUGUGGUUCACUGCGACGAUAUACCAUCGAUCGACCUCAACUUGUGGAAAGAAGAAGUGUACAUGGAAGAUGAAGCUUAUGGAGUAAAGAAGCACUGAAUAGUUCGCAAAUAUUCAAAACUUUUUGUUCUGGAGUAGAACCUAUCAUUCCCUCUCUGAACAGCGACGUACAUAAACUGAAGUAAGCAUUCGAAAGAAAAAUGAUACAAAACUAAGUUAAAAGUAAGGUAAAAUUACCGGAAAAGGCCAUAAAAGUUGGGGAAGAGGAGACAUGUAAAGCGACGUUGUGGGCCGCUUCAAUGCAUUCGCGUCGACAAGUGAUUUAAUUAUCAUUAGGAUUCAUACUAAGAUACCAAAAAGCCAACAUGUUUUGCAUUAUAAAUCGUUCCAGAAACAUUUUGACAUUUUUAAAAGCUAUUCUUUGCAGAAGCUAAAUAAAUAAAAACAGGAAAACGUA